AUGGUUUCAUACAUUGACUCAUUAUCAAUUCUUGAUAAUCCGAAAAUCAAUUGGAAAUUGAUAAUUGUAGGUUUUACAAUUGGUCAAUAUGUUUUUGAAUCUUACUUAGAUUAUAGACAAUAUAAAGUCUUGACUAAAAAAUCACCUCCUGCAUCCAUAAAAGCAGAAGUAAAUCAAGAAACAUUUGAUAAAUCUCAAAAAUAUUCAAGAUCAAAAGCAAAAUUUUCAUUUUUUAAUUCAACUUUUGAUUUACUACAAAAUUUAGCUGUUAUUAAGUAUGAUUUAUUACCAAAAGUAUGGGGAUGGAGUGGGUAUGCGAUGUCUAAAGCUGCAUUUUUAUUACCUAAGUUUAUGGGUGGUGUUAUUACUCAAUCUUUGAUUUUCAUAAUCACUUCACAAAUACUUGGAACUAUUGUUGGUUUGCCAUUGAGUUAUUAUCAGAAUUUUGUUUUGGAAGCAAAAUAUGGAUUUAAUAAACAAAGUAUUGGAUUAUGGAUUACAGAUACAUUAAAGAAAAUUGGUCUUUUGAUUGUUUUAGGAUCUCCAGUUAUAGCAGGAAUUUUAAAAAUCAUUGAUUAUUAUGGUAAUUCAUUUAUUUUUUAUUUAAUGGGAUUCAUUUUAUUGAUUAAUUUAAUUGCAAUGACUAUUAUUCCUACAUUGAUUAUGCCUUUAUUUAACAAGUUUACACCAUUAGAAGAUGGUGAAUUGAAAACAGCUAUUGAAAAUUUGGCUUCAUCACAAAAAUUUCCAUUAACUAAAUUACAAGUAGUUGAUGGAUCAAAACGUUCAUCACAUUCCAAUGCAUACUUUACAGGUUUACCGUGGAGUAAACAAAUUGUGUUGUUUGAUACUUUAAUUGAACACAAUUCUACGGAAGAAACAGUAGCUGUAUUGGCUCACGAAAUCGGACAUUGGAGAUUGAAUCAUAUUCCAAAAAUGUUAACUAUGGGUCAAUUUCAUCUCUUUAUCAUUUUUUCAUUAUUCAAUGCUUUUGUUCACAAUAAGUCAUUAUAUAAUUCAUUUGGAUUUUACAAUCAGCAACCAAUUGCAAUUGGUUUUACAUUAUUUAAUGAUAUUUUAAGGCCAUUAGAAUGUAUUUUAGAUUUUUCACAAAAUUUAAUUUCAAGAAAACAUGAAUAUGAUGCUGAUAAGUAUGCAUUAAACUGUGGUUACUCAGAAGAGUUAGCAAGAUCUUUGAUUAAAUUAUCAAACGAAAAUUUAUCAAGUAUGAAUGCUGACUGGUUAUUUUCUGCUUAUCAUCAUAGUCAUCCUAUUUUACCAGAAAGGUUAAGUGCUCUUGGAUACGUUUCAAAAGAAAAAAUAAGCAUAGAUAAACCAGAGAAAGUGGAAGAAGUUGUUGAAAAAAAAGUAGAAAAACAAGAGUAA